UUCUAUGUAUCAAGUAGAUCCUUGAUUUAUUGUUCGAUUUUAUGUUAUUAUAUUGAGAAAAUGUAUCUGAAUUCGUCUGAUAUCUCAGACGACCCCUAUGAGGGAUUAUCUGUGUUGGAAAUUAAACGACUUAACUUCCCGAAAUGGGGACACCAAAUGUUUGGUUUGUUUUUGCUGUUUGUUGGAAUAUUUGGAUUUUUUGAAAACAUUAUGGUAUUAUAUACUUUCUACAAAUCCAAGCAGAUACGCUCACCGACGAAUAUGUUUAUAAUAGGGCUCGCUUUAGGAGACCUCGCCAUGGCAACUUUAGGUAACCCAUUAGCAACGACUUCGGGGCUUCAUGGGUCCUGGUUUGCCGGCGAAUUUUUCUGCUACUGGGAAGGAUUUGUCGUGUAUACAUUUGGUCUAACUGAGAUGUAUUUGCUGACUGCUAUAAGCAUUGAUAGGUACAUCGUGAUAGCCAAACCUUUGAGGUCCGCCAUGAUAACGAAAAGAGUUGCCGUUCUUGCUGUUGCUGCAUGCUUUGCAUUUGGAUUUUUUUGGUCUAUAUUUCCGUUCUUUGGUUGGAGCUCUUAUGGCCUAGAGGCUGCAGGGAUUUACUGUGGUCUGUUAUGGGAGGACAAAAGUUUAAGUACGACAACAUAUGUUGUGACAAUAUCUAUAUUCUGCUUCUUUCUUCCGUUUGGUGCCAUGAUAUAUUGCUACUUCCAAAUCUACAUGACAAUUCGAAACGUCAACAAGAACACUGUAUGGGACAUGAAGAGCCGUGUUGCCAGAAAAAAUCUUAGAAUAGAGAGGAAAAUGUUGAAGAGUUGCAUCAUCAUGUGUAGCGUAUAUUGGUUGUGUUGGUCUCCAUAUGCUGUCAUGUCUUUCUGGCAAUCAUUUGGUGACCCGGACACUAUACCUCUCGUGCUAACCGAGAUCCCUGCGGCAGCCGCCAAGUCCCAGAUCGUAUGGAAUCCAAUCAUCUACGUGGCGACGAAUAAACAGUUCCGUAAAGCUUUCUAUGCCAGUAUUCCUUGUGUCGGAUUGAGAGAAAAGCUUAUCAAAAAGGAAGAAGAAAAAGAACCAUCCUCAAAGGAGUCCGAUCUCGAUGAUAAAACCAAGCAGGAGCAGAGUGUCAUAAGUGUGACAACAGCGGUAGCCAAUAACACGGUAGAGACCCACACAGCCGGUGGGGCAUCAGCUGCAACCGAAGUGGCAACCAUCUCUACAGGUGUACCCAUGGGGUCACUCAACAAAGUAUCGCCAGCACCGGAUAAUGCGGCAGCAUCGAAAACCGGACCAACAAAAGUUGAUUCUACAUCAAAGGCAUUGUUCUUUCUUCUUAAUUUCUCCUCAAGACAGGGUAAAGUUGUCAGGAACCACUUUAUUUUUGUCAAAAUGUAUGCCAAUUUAUCGCUGUUGGGAAAUUCCUCGGGAUCGGGACCGGGUGCGGAAAGAGAAUUAACAGAUUUUGAGAUUCAGAUGCUUUCAUAUCCGAAAUGGGGACAUCAGUUAGUUGGACUAUUCUUGAUGUGUAUUGGAAUAUUAGGUGUUACAGAAAAUUCUUUAGUGUUGUUAACAUUUUAUAAAGCAAAACAGCUACGAUCACCUACGAAUAUAUUCAUCCUCGGUCUUGCAAUCGGUGAUUUUUCAAUGGCUGUGUUCGGAAACCCUUUGGCUUUUACUUCGGCUCUAAACGGUGCCUGGUUUGCGGGCGAUUUAUUUUGUACAUUAGAGGGAUUUAUUGUAUAUUUUAUAGGAAGUUCACAACUAAACCUGAUGAUGGCGAUUGCUGUCGAUCGUUACAUUGUGAUAGCAAAGCCACUAAAAGCCUCCAAGAUUACCAAAAGAGUUGCAGCUCUUUGUGUUCUCGGGUGUUAUGGCAGCGGGCUAUUCUGGGCUGUUACUCCCUUAAUUGGCUGGUCAAGCUAUGGGUUAGAAGCAUCCGGGGUCUUCUGUGGACUACAUUAUGCGGACACCAGCAAGACGUAUAUCAUUUUCAUGUUUUUUUUCGUCUUUUUGGUACCACUCAUUGCAAUGAUUUACAGCUAUUUUAAAGUAUUCAUGACGGUUGCUAAUGUGAACAAAUCCAUGGUGUGGGACAUGAAGAGCAGGGUGGCAAGAAAGAAUCUCAAGUUGGAGAGGAAGAUGUUAAAGAGUUGUGUCAUCAUGUGUUCUACGUUUGUUGCUUGCUGGAUUCCGUACGCUUUUGUUUCAUUCUGGCAAGUGUUCGGCAAUGCUGACUCUGUACCUAUCUGGCUAGCCGAAAUACCAUCGGCCUGUGCUAAAUCAGAGGUUAUAUUCAACCCAAUUAUAUAUGUAGCGACCAACAAACAAUUCCGGCAAGCAUUCUACAAGAAUUUACCGUGCGGUGUAAUCAGAGAUAUGUUGGUUAAAAGAGAGGAAGUACAAGAGCAAUCAUCAAAAGAGUCGGAAAUUUCUGUAAAGGAAGAUGAAAAGAAGGCAGGUAAUCCCAACGCUGUGGCACCGGCCCCUGAGUCUGGUCCAACAAAGGUUGAGUGCUAGAUAUGUAAAUGAGCUUUCGGAUAAACACAGACGUAACAAUAUGUUCGCGCCUUGGCCGAGCUAUGGAAUAACUAGAUGUAAGUGUUGAUGGGAUUUAAACACGAGAAAAGGACCAUUUGGAAAAUCGGCACGUCACUUGAAUUGGAUCACAGCGUUUUGAUCAACUACGGAUUAUUAGUUUCGUAGCGUCUAUUUUAUUGUACAGUUUGAACAAAUUUGUAUUUUUUCUGUGAAAGACGUUGUUUCUAUUGCUUCGUUUAAAUAAGUUAAUUAUCAGCCUCUAUAUAGUAGAAAAUAUAUAUUUCUUAUGGCGCUAUAAUAAUGAUAUCUAUGCAUUUAUGUGCUUCUAAUAGCACUUCAGUACGAACACUUGUAUAUGACCUAUUUGUAUUAUAUUUGCACUGAGAGUUCUGGUAAUAUUUCAAGAGCUAAAUUUUACACUAAAUUUUACAGUUGUAAAUUGUAAGUUCUUAUAUCGUACCAAAAUCAUUUUAAAUAUUAAUGUAGCUGCAAGAAAUGUAAUAUCAUUAACAAUGUUUAUGUACUUCUGUAUGUGUGUUUGAUGUCAUUGCACAUUGUGUAAUUUAUACUAUAAUAAAUAAAUAAUAAAAAAUGAA